UGAAAGUCGGCGCCCGCGCGCGGCACGUCCAAGCGGGAUCCCUGCGCCUGCGCGCUGACCUGUGGCGGCUGAGGCGGCUGAGGCGGCUGAGGCGGCAUGGAGCUCGGCGAGCUGCAGAGAGACAACACGGGCCGCUGUCGCGUGAGCUCGCCCGUGCCCGCGCUCUGCCGCCAGGAGCCCUGCGCCCUGGGCGUGGACGAAGCGGGCCGGGGCCCCGUGCUGGGCCCAAUGGUCUAUGCCAUCUGUUACUGCCCCCUGUCUCACCUGGCGGAGCUGGAGGCCCUGAAGGUGGCAGACUCCAAGACCCUGUCGGAGAGCGAGCGAGAGAGGCUCUUUGCAAAAAUCAACCAGGAUGGGGAUGCUGUGGGCUGGGCAUUGGACAUCUUGUCUCCAAAUCUCAUCUCCACCAGCAUGCUCGGGCGGGUCAAGUACAACCUGAACUCCCUGUCCCACGACACGGCCACCGGGCUGAUACAGUACGCCCUGGAUCAGGGCGUCCACGUGACCCAGGUGUUCGUGGACACAGUCGGGUCGCCGGAGUCGUACCAGAAGCGGCUGCAACAGAGCUUCCCUGGGAUUGAGGUGACGGUGAAGGCCAAAGCGGAUGCCCUGUACCCCGUGGUCAGCGCCGCCAGCAUCUGUGCCAAGGUGGCCCGGGACCAGGCUGUGAGGGAUUGGCAGUUCCUGGAGACACUCGAGGACCUAGAUACCGAUUACGGCUCAGGCUACCCCAACGAUCCCAAGACGAAGGCCUGGCUGCGGAAGUACGUGGAGCCCGUGUUUGGCUUCCCCCAGUUCGUGCGCUUUAGCUGGAGCACGGCUCAGAGCAUCCUGGAGAAGGAGGCGGAAGGCGUAACGUGGGAGGACACACCCACAGAGGAAGCGGAAGGCGCCAGGAGCAUCAGGUCCUACUUCAGCCAGGAAGGCCCCCGUCCCCGGCUGCCCCACCGGUACUUCCAGGAGAGAGGAUUGGAGGUGGCCACUACCCUCUAGCGAGCCACAGCCCCUUCUCCCUCUGUCUCCUCUCAUUCCAAAGUGAUUAAAGUGGUUCAAGGAUC